GCGUUCGCCUGGCGACCAUCUGUGUCCCACGCGUCGUCUGCUCGCGCUUCGUUGUGUGCCGUGCUGUAACGUCAGAGGCUGUCCGUCGGCAAGUUUGAGGAUGCCGAAGAUUCGGACGAAGAGCAGGAAACCGCCCCCCGAGGGGUGGGAAUUGAUCGAACCCACUCUCGAGGAAUUGGAGCAGAAAAUGAGGGAAGCUGAGACGGAACCCCAUGAGGGGAAACGGAAGGUGGAGAGCCUUUGGCCCAUUUUCAAGAUCCACCACCAGAAGUCAAGAUACAUAUUUGACCUUUUUUACAAGAGGAGAGCUAUCAGCAGAGAACUCUAUGAAUACUGCUUGAGAGAAGCCAUUGCAGACAAGAAUCUGAUUGCAAAGUGGAAGAAGCAAGGAUAUGAAAAUCUUUGUUGUCUUCGUUGCAUCCAAACCAGAGAUACCAACUUUGGCACCAACUGCAUAUGCCGGGUCCCAAAGGCCAAGUUGGAGGAAGGGAAGAUCGUGGAGUGCGUUCAUUGUGGGUGCAGAGGGUGCUCUGGAUGAUGCUGACACAAAGUAAAAGAAGCUUGCUUUCCUGUACCUGAAUUUCCUAGACCCUAUCAGUUAUCAUUGUCAUCAUUCUGAAGAGUGAAGCAACAUGGAGGAAGAAGCAAGAGUACUACUUGCACUGUUUUGACUCCUUAUGUGUAUGGUGGAUGUCAGGGACUCAUUCAGACUAAUAAAUUCCAAUGAAGCCUUUCAUA